CUUCUCUUUUUCUUUCUUUCUUUCUUCUCAUUGGUCUCUCUUACUUCUUUCUUGUUAAAUCCAAAACAGUUUCGUUCCAUCUACAUAUGUGAUUGGCCGGAGAAGGAAAACAUUUGAAGGAAGAGAGAUGGCUCCAAGAGGAUCCAUCAUGAUGAUAACAAAGAUGAUGAUGAUGAUGAUAGUGAUGAUGAUGAUGAUAGAUAAGAAGACAUGCAUCUGUGCGGACAUUUCUAGAGGCAGUUUCCCAAAGGGCUUUGUCUUUGGAACUGCUUCCUCUGCUUUUCAGCACGAAGGAGCAGUGAAGGCAGAUGGUAGAGGUCCUACGAUAUGGGACACAUUUUCCCACACUUUUGGUAAAAUCACCGAUUUUAGCAAUGCCGAUGUUGCUGUUGAUCAGUAUCAUCGUUACGAGGAAGAUGUACAACUUAUGAAGAAUAUGGGAAUGGACGCUUACAGAUUCUCCAUUUCUUGGACUCGCAUCUUUCCAAAUGGCGUGGGACAAAUAAAUGAAGCUGGAAUCGAUCACUACAAUAAACUCAUUGAUGCUUUACUUGCUAAAGGGAUCGAGCCGUACGUGACGUUAUACCAUUGGGACCUUCCUCAGGCACUCCAUGAUCGAUACCUCGGUUGGCUAAACCCACAAAUCAUAAAUGAUUUUGCAGCUUAUGCGGAGGUUUGUUUCCAGAGAUUUGGAGAUAGAGUGAAGCAUUGGAUUACAUUCAAUGAACCACACACAUUCGCGAUACAAGGCUAUGACGUUGGGCUACAAGCUCCAGGCCGUUGCACCAUUCUUUUUAAGCUCACUUGUCGUUCAGGGAACUCAUCCACUGAGCCUUACAUUGUCGGUCACAAUGUUAUUCUAACUCACGCCACCGUAUCUGAUCUCUAUAAGAAAAAGUAUAAGGCAAAACAAGGAGGUUCGUUAGGGAUAGCGUUUGAUGUAAUGUGGUUCGAACCGGAGUCAAACAAGACAGAGGACAUUGAAGCUGCACAAAGAGCUCAAGACUUUCAACUUGGCUGGUUCUUGGAUCCGUUGAUGUUUGGGGAUUACCCGAGCUCGAUGAGAAGCAGAGUAGGAAGCAGAUUACCAGUUUUUACGAAGUCUCAAUCUGCUUUGGUGAAGGGUUCUCUAGAUUUCGUAGGGAUUAAUCACUACACAACGUACUACGCAAGGAACAAUGCCACUAAUCUCAUUGGCACUCUCCUACACGACGCUAUUUCUGAUUCUGGAACCGUUACUCUACCGUUCAAGGGUUUAAGCGCUAUUGGAGAUAGGGCAAGUUCAAUAUGGUUGUACAUAGUGCCUAGAGGGAUGAGAAGCUUGAUGAAUUACGUCAAACAAAGAUAUGGAAACCCUCCAGUCUUUAUCACUGAAAAUGGAAUGGACGACGCAAACAAUUUCCUGAUCUCAAGAAAAGACGCUCUCAAAGAUUCAAAGAGAAUCAAAUACCAUCAUGAUUAUCUUUCGAGCUUACAAGCUUCGAUCAAAGAGGAUGGAUGCAAUGUGAAAGGUUACUUUGUUUGGUCGCUGUUGGACAAUUGGGAAUGGGCAGCAGGUUACAGCUCAAGGUUUGGUCUCUACUUCGUUGAUUACAGAGACAACCUCAAGAGAUACCCUAAGGACUCUGUUCAAUGGUUCACUUCUUUCUUGAACUCCACUUCUUGAUUUCCCAUUAAUCGCAUUAUGUAUACUAAACUUUAUGAAUAGUUAUGGAUUUCAGUUUAGAAAUAUAUAUAUUAAAUCAAGACUUGUACUCUAGUGUUUUUGAUAGUGUUGUCUAUAUAUUAUUAUACGGUUUUGAA